AUGCCCGUCCCAACCGCCGAACUCUACGAUAAAGAGCAAGCCAACGAGCGUCAAGCCGGCUCCGCGGGCCACGCUUCCCUCGCCUCGACUGACACCAGCAGCGGUCGCCACCUCGGAACCGGCACCGGCGGCACCAUCAGUGCGCCUGGAUCCUCCUCCUCGCAGGACGAGAGCGCGCUUAGCAAGGAGGAAGCCGACCGGCUGUAUGAGGAGCGGAUGGAGGAGGAAUAUGCCAAGAGGGAAGGCGGUGCAUAA